UCUACUCACAGGUUAUAUCAUCACUAUUGUUGAAUCUCAUUCCAGCUGGUCAGGACAAGUUGAAUCUUAUCUCAAAGACUAAGAUCAGUCCAAAGGAGUGGGGGCGGUAUUGUAAUAAGAGCUCGGAAAGUUCAAAAUACACUGACAACAUUAUGACAGAAUCAGAAGUUAUAUUUCGUGAGGGACAGUUGUUAAGUGGUGUUUUGGAUAAGUCACAAUUUGGUGCUUCUCAGUUUGGCUUUGUCCACUCUUGCUAUGAGUUGUAUGGAGGUACAAUGUGUAAUUAUCUGUUGUCAGCUCUUGGCAGGAUCUUCACUGGUUUCCUUAAACUCUAUCACGGGUUUAGUCUAGGAGUGGAAGACAUAUUAGUGAAACCAAUGGCAGAUAAAGAGAGAUUUAAAAUUAUUGCUGAGGGUAGAGAUUGUGGGCUUGAAGCAGCUGCUGAUGCUUUUGUAGUUAAAAAUGUUAAAGAUAAAGAUUUAGUGAUAGAGAAGUACACUGAUGUUCAUCACACUAUUGGUAGAGAUGGUCUCAAAGUGUUAGAUUUCUUUAUGAAAAAGAAAACUGAUCAAAUCAAUAAUAAAGUUAACGUUGCUUGUAUUCCUGCUGGUUUACAUAAACCAUUUCCCAGUAAUUCUCUACAGCUAAUGGUACAAGCUGGAGCUAAAGGCUCUACUGUCAACUGCAUGCAGAUAUCAUGUCUUUUGGGUCAGAUAGAGUUAGAAGGUCGACGCCCACCAAUAAUGCUAUCAGGACGGUCCCUACCUACAUUCCUUCCUUACGAUACCACUCCUAGAUCAGGUGGUUUUGUUGAUGGUCGGUUUCUAACUGGCGUAAGACCCCCAGAGUUCUUCCUUCAUGCUAUGGCUGGACGAGAGGGUCUUGUUGAUACUGCUGUGAAGACAAGCCGCAGUGGGUAUUUGCAGAGGUGUCUCGUAAAACAUUUAGAAGGAAUUACUGUCAAUUAUGAUCUAACAGUAAGGGAUAGUGAUGGUUCUGUUCUUCAGUUCCUUUAUGGUGAGGAUGGAUUGGAUAUUAGUAAGACACGAUUUCUCUCAUCAAACCAGAUGUACUUCCUUGAGGACAACUAUAAAGCAUUUCUGUAUAGGUUGGAUCCCACCUCAGCAGUGAGUGUACUAGAGACAACAAAAGCUGCAAAAUACCAAAGAAAGGUUGAUAAAUGGAAGAAGAAGCAGAAGCAAAGACUAGCAACACCAAGAAUAAGGAGAAGUGGUUUUUUGGAUUAUUGUGACCAGCAUCUUCCUGAGAUUUUAGCUAAAUACUCUGACAAUAGUCAUAGUACAAGAGCACAGGCGCAUAGGUCUGUAAUAGAUUUAUGGUAUUCCUCAUCACCAAUGCUAAGGAAAGAGUUUAAUGACAAGCAUGAUACCGUGUAUUAUCCCACUACAUCAGUACUUAGACCUGACAGGUAUUUUGGUUCAGUUCCAGAGAAACUCACAUCAGACAUUGAGCAGUACAUCAGUACCAGUCCAACAUUUAAAAACAAUGGAAACCAGCAAACUUUAUUGACUCCUGAAAAGUUCAGGACUCUGUCACAGUUUAAGUGUUUAAGAGCAGUAGCUGAACCAGGAGAACCUGUUGGACUACUAGCAGCACAAUCUAUUGGUGAACCUUCCACUCAGAUGACAUUGAAUACAUUUCAUUUUGCCGGUAGAGGAGAAAUGAACGUCACACUAGGGAUACCACGUCUAAGAGAGAUAUUAAUGACUGGUAGUCCUAAUAUUAAAACUCCAGCAAUGGAUGUACCACUACUACCACUGCCUGAUGCAAAGGAGCAAGGAGAGAAUAUCAAGAAAUAUUUCAGUCGAGUAUUACUAAAAGAUGUUCUUGAUUCUGUUGAAGUGUGGGAAAGUCUGGAUCGGAAGGGGGAGGGGUUCUAUCACAGAUCUUACGUCAUAAAAUUAACAUUCUUAGAUCCAAAGUAUUACAAGGAUGAGUACAUUGUGACUCCUUCAAAAAUAUUAGAAUUUGUUGAAACCUGCUUCAUCAAUAAACUAACAGCAGUCAUUAGUAAAGAAAUAAAGAAAUCAAAAGAUAAACUAUUAAAGACUCCUGGUACAUAUGUAGAUAAAGACUCUAUCCCUCAACAAAGUUCAGGAGAUGAUGACAAAGACAUUGACAAUGAAGGAAUGGGUCAUGAUUCUGAUGAUGAUUCUGAUGAGUCUGAUGUAGAAGAAGCCGAAAAAGCUAUCAAGAAUAAGAAACAGCAAGUAUCAUAUGAAGCAGCUGAUGACGAGGACAUUGAAGCAAUUGAAGGAGAAGAAGAGGAAGGAAAGGAGGAGGAAGAAAAUGAAAAAGACACAAGAAAGGACAACAAUGAAGAAAGUAUUCAAUUAGAUAUGGAGGCAGAAUCAAUGUAUGAGCCACUCCCAUCACAGAAGAGUACAUCAAUGGACUCUAGUAGGAUUGAAGCAGUUGUUUCCAAAAAUUCUCACUUGUCUGAGUACAUAUAUGAUGCAGAAAAUGAAAGAUGGUGUCAGUUCACACUAAAAUUUGAGACUGGUAAUGAUAAGAUUAUGAUGUCUUAUUUCAUAGAAAAACUAUCGAACAAAGUUGUUGUUUGGGAGGUUCCUGAUAUUAAGAAAGGAUUCCUUGCCGAGAGUCAAGUUCCUGGAGAAGAGGGACUCUACCGUUUGAAAACUGAAGGUGUCAAUAUGCAGGAACUAUGGAAGCAUUCUGAUCUGCUCAAUGUUAGGAAAGCAUAUACUAACAAUAUACACAUUAUCGCCUCCACUUUUGGCAUUGAAGCUGCUGCUGUAGCCAUUAUCAAAGAAGUAUCAAGUGUAUUUAAUGUGUAUGGCAUAUCAGUUAAUCAUCGUCACCUGUCCCUUAUUGCUGAUUACAUGACAUUUGAUGGAGACUACAAGUCCUUCAGUAGGUUUGGUAUGAACAGUAACAGCUCUCCAUUCCAACAGAUGAGUUUUGAGACUACAAUGAAGUUCUUAAGAAGUGCAACAGUUAGAGGAGAUGUUGAUACACUUCGGUCACCUUCAGCUUGUCUGGUGACUGGUAAUGUGGUCCAUGGGGGGACUGGAGCUUUUCAAUGCUUACAAAAACUAGUUAUAUGAUCUUGAUACUAGUUUUAUUCAAAUUAUUAUUAUCAUUUAGAUUAAUUGAAAUACAGUAGUAAAAAACGUGACAUGUGUAAGUAUAUUUUUGGCAUGGAUCAAAACAAAA